AUGAAACGCUUGGAGGAAGACUCAGAGGUCUACAAGAUGCUGCAGGAGAACCGGGAGCUGCGAGUGGCCCCGAGGCAAUCCAGCACCUUCCGCCUGCUCCAGGAGGCUCUGGAGGAUGAGGGAGGAGGACACAGGCAGACACAGGCAGUGAGGAUCCAGGACGGGCGCUACCGCCACCCAUCCUGCUACACCUGCGCCGACUGCGGCCUCAACCUGAAGAUGAGAGGACACUUCUGGGUGGGUGACGAGAUGUUCUGUGAGAAGCACGCCCGGCUGCGCUACCAGGGACCCCCAGGGGUGCCCUCCACCCCCACUGUGUCCCCCCACUCCUGA